UCCCACCAAGAUUCUCACAACCCUUUCCCUUCUCUCUCAAACAAGAGAAAAUGCACAAACUUAACCACAUGAGUUCUCUACUCCUUUACUUAUCCUUCUUGUUCUACUUACUCUUCUCCUCCUCCUCUCUCAAUGUGGCUGCCACAGACGCGGCAAACCCAUUCACGCCAAAAGCGUCUCUAAUCCGUUACUGGAAGAUACAGAUCUCCAACGACCUACCCAAGCCCUGGUUCCUCCUCAACAAGGCCUCCCCACUCACCGCCGUGGAAUCCGCGACUUUUUCAAAACUCGCAAACGACCAAAACGCUCUCGCGAACCAACUCCAGUCCUUCUGCUCCUCGGCCGAUUUGCUCUGCUUUCCAGAUUUAUCCCCGAGCCUGGAAACACAAGACGACAAAUUCAUCAACUGGGCUGACCCUGAGGUGAAACCUAAGGCCUUCAGAGUCUCAGGACCGGCUGUGCAAAUUGGUUAUGGAAAGUCGUUCAACGAAAGCAAGGCGUUCAAAGUUGCAGGGCCGGCAGUGCAAAUCGGUUAUGGAAAGUCGUUCAACGAAGGCAAGGCCUUCAAAGUUGCAGGGCCAGCCGUGCAAAUCGGUUACGGAAAGUCGUUCAACGAAGGCAAGGCCUUCAAAGUCGCUGGGCCAGCCGUGCAAAUCGGUUACGGAAAAUCGUUCAACGAAGGCAAUGGGAUGAUGGUGGAUGGCAAAGCUGUGAAUAAGUGGGUGGAGCCGGGCUUGUUUUUUAGGGAGAGGAUGCUGAAGAUGGGAACUAUUAUGCCAAUGCCGGAUAUAAAAGAUAAACUACCGAAAAGGUCGUUUUUGCCCCGAGUGAUUUCGUCAAAAUUGCCGUUUUCAAAGAUUUCGGAGAUGAAGAGGAUAUUUCACGCCAAGGAGAACUCGAGCAUGGCGAGCAUGCUCGCGGCGGCGGUGAGCGAGUGCGAGAGGGCGCCGAACGCGGGCGAGACCAAGCGGUGCGUGGGGUCCUUGGAGGACAUGAUCGACUUCUCAAUCUCGGUGUUGGGGCAUAACGUGGUGGUUCGGACCACGGAGAACAUGGAGGGGUCAAAGAAGGACGUUAUGAUCGGAAAAGUCAACGGAAUCAACGGCGGAAAGGUCACGAAGUCUGUUUCAUGUCAUCAAAGUUUGUUCCCGUAUUUGCUGUAUUACUGUCACUCGGUCCUUAAGGUUCGGGUAUACGAAGCAGAUAUAUUGGAUCCGAAAACAAAGGCCAAGAUCAACCACGGAGUUGCCAUCUGUCACGUGGAUACAUCGUCGUGGAGCGCUGGUCAUGUGGCUUUUAUGGCUUUGGGUUCAGGUCCGGGUAAAAUUGAGGUGUGUCACUGGAUCUUUGAGAAUGAUAUGACCUGGGCUACAGCUGAUUGAGCCAAAGUUGUGUAAAGUGGGUUCAAACUAGCUCGGUCUAGCUUCCCCGGCAAAUAAGUCGAUGGCUUCGAUGCGGCAGAUUCCGACGACAAGUUCCUCUACCGGGUUUUUCUUUUCUUUUUUUGUCCAUUGUGUGAGAUUUCUCCCUUUUUGUGGGGCUUUCUCACCUCUGUGUGGGUGUUUGUUGUUUGAUUUCAUCUGUGCUCCAUCUGGUUUGAGAUGUAAUUCCUUAGGGAUCUUCUUCUACCGAGUGUUUGAUUGGAUUCUAUUGCUAGUAUUAAUGUUGGUUUGUUUCCGAA